AUGUCCUACACCAGUUCCGAACUCGUGAUCGCCGGUCGAUGGACUCGAAUCCGACUGGAUAUCUCGGAAAGCUUGCUACGAGUGACCCCUCAACUACCACAGCCGCUUCAACUACCACAGCCGCUUCCACGACCACCGCAGCCUCAACUACCACAGCCGCUUCAACUACCACAGCCGCUUCCACGACCACCGCAGCCUCAACUACCACAGCCGCUUCAACUACCACCGCAGCCUCAACGACCACCGCAGCCUCAACUACCACAGCCGCUUCCACGACCACCGCAGCCUCAACUACCACCGCAGCCUCAACUACCAAAGCCGCUUCCACGACCACCGCAGCCUCAACGACCACCGCCGCUUCCACGACCACCGCAGCCUCAACGACCACCGCAGCCUCAACUACCACAGCCGCUUCCACGACCACCGCAGCCUCAACGACCACCGCAGCCUCAACUACCACAGCCGCUUCCACGACCACCGCAGCCUCAAAGACCACCGCAGCAGCAGCCUCCAACACGACCACCGCAGCCGACG